UAUAGUGUGAAUCUCCCCUGUCUCAUCUUAAGGCCCUUUCCCAUGUCCUCUCACUGCAGGCACAGCAGAAGAGCCCCAUCCCCACCUCCCUACAGUUUUUCAGGGUUUGCGGAGAGCGAUGAGAUCCCCCUUGAGCUGUGCCUUUGUGCCSGUGUUUGUCCUCCCCAUGGCUGUGCUUUAUUGCCCAACCAUAAAUGCUUUCCCCCCAUCAUUGCGUUCUGUCAUUACAUGUUUGACUCUUUCCCCUGGAGCACUUCUAAAAAUAGUGGUUGCCAUUAGAACCUACAGGUUUUUGUGCUUUCAAAACAGUAUUUUGRGCAAUGAUAUAAAUCCAUACAGCAUAUACAAAAUAGGUUGGAUUCUAGGGUCUUGGCAUCUUAAAAAAAACCACUGAAAAAUGCAGAUGCUCCACAGUUGGUCAACACUCAGGUUUCCAAGACAAUUUCUUCACUUCCUUCAUGUAAGAGCCAAUGAUGAACUCUGACUACCUAUUUUAUAUGUUAUAUUUGAUGACACAUGUUUCAUUUCCUACCAAUUGGUGAUGCUGGUGCCACGUGUCCAUCAUGGCACUGCCCGGCAGAGCUCUGGGCAGUCACAUUUCUCAAAGCCAAAACUAUGCAGUGACAUUUGCUAAGCUACAUCCUUACUUAACACUAUGUUUCCUAUUAAGGCCAUUAAAAAUCCUGUUUUCUACUAACUUGUCCUGAAAAGAGAAGAAUUAUGUGAGUUUUCAUUUAGUAUGGUUCUAUUAAUUCGAUAGAAAACUCUGUUGGGUUUCUCAGCAGUCAUAAUUUGGCUUUGCUAGAGUUAAAUCCCAGUAUUUCUCUCCUGGACCAAAGUUAGAGACAAUCUUUGAAAAAGGGGCCCCUUUGCAGCUGCCUSUGAGAUUAACAGUACUGGGCAAUUGUUUCUUUUAAAAAACAAUUGUUUACCUUGGGCACCAAAAAUCUUUGCUUGCCAUGCUAACUGUAAGAGGAUAGGCUUUAUUUUCACAAAUUUAAAAUACCYAGCGUAACUCUGAAGCCUGAGGUGGAGAAAAGGCCUUCUAUUUUCUUUCCCUCAGGAGCAGAGUUAUGCUGAGAAUGUGUGAGCAGAUAAUAGACUAAUUCAAACCUUCAGACCAGAUGUCUUCAGAAUCCUUCUAUCACUCAAAUUAAAGCAUAAACAAACAKUUGUGACUGACGUAGCUCCUUCAAAGAGGCGAAUGCCUCGGUCAGGGUUGCUCACUUUGGAACAGACCGAGAGAAAGCAGAACCAAAAUGAAGAAGUUUCUUGUGUUUGUCUCCUUUCUGGUCCUGAUGGCCACUCUUACAGACACGUCACCAAUUUUGUCUGAAAAAGAUGCCAAACAGAUUCUGAGGACUCGUCGUGAAGACAGACCGAGAAAAGCUGGUUUCCCUGAUGAGCCAAUGAGGGAGUAUAUGCUUUAYCUCCAGCGCUUGGAGCACAGAGCUGAAGAACAAUUCCUUGAACACUGGUUGAAUCCACAUUGCCUCCCACACUGCAACAGGGAUCUGGUGCACCCAAUCUAAUGGGUUUGCCUACCCUGCAAUUGAUCUCCUCAUGGUUACAUGGAUUUAUACACGAUUGUACAAAGAGGACAAGAUUAUUCCUGCAUUGGCUGCAUCCUCCUUGUAGAGCAGAACCCCUUUGCAGUACAGUGCAAUCCUUAUGAUACAGCACAACUUCCAGCUCUAAGUGGUUUGAUMUGUUAUACACCACCAUGUAUUUUCUACCAGUAAUGACUGCAUGCUUGAAUAAAUGGGUUGAGGGUUUCCACAGUUUCUGAGGUGUGGGCAAGAAUAAAUCCCUGAUUAGUCCUAGAGUAUCCUUUUAAGGGUACAGCUUUAGACUGUCUGAAGCAAAGGGAACUUGGAGGGAGAGGUCAAUAGAAAAUUGCAGAAUACCAACAUGAAGAGAAGGCCAGCUUUCUGGGCUCUGGARGAAUCCUUAAUUACAGUUUUCUAGGCUAAAUAACAACCUUGCAUGAAGACAUAACAUUUAUGCAACACUAUGUCUUA